UGUGCAGAAAGGGCCACCUUGUGUUCAUUCACGUCUGCCAUUCUGUCGUCUGCCGGGCGACACUAUGUGCUCUUUGCUCUCACCGCCGUAACGAGAGCAGACGACAAACGUGCGCUGGCGAGUUGCUGGACGUGUGCUUCUGGGAAAUCGUUUGCUGGAAACUUCGUGAGCUGAGGGAAACGCUUGUCUGGAAGUGUUUGUGGUUUAGCUACAAGAAACUGUCGAAAUAUUCAGUGGCGCGCUGAUGAACAUCACACUGAAACAGAAAUGAUAGACAACAGUUUCGACAGUUCGGUCGCUGUACAACGAGGCUGUGACGUCACUUUGGAGGAGGUAGCCGGCAUCUGUGGUCUGUUGACGAGGGUUUCCUGAGACUACUUGCCAUGAAGCCGGCAGCAGCACGGACGGCGACAGUGCUGACACCAGGAGGCGCAUGGAGGUGAGAGGCGCUGCUUCAGGAAUGAGGGAAGCAUGUUUGGUGUCACUACGCCGAUCUCACGCUGUCGAAAGGCUAGUCGACACCGGGACUUCGACUGUCUGCGCACCAUUCUAUCUUGCAGCAAAUUAGAGCCAAGGUGGACUCGCCAUGUACUACAAGACCAAGGAGACCUGUUCUACAUUGAUGCAGGUUCCAAGUCUGGAAUUAAGGAAUAUUCUUCAUCAGACUAUCAUGCCUCCAGGAUUACAUCAGCAGCACAUUCUGGAGUUAAUGGUCUGCUUUGCCAAGCUGGUGUGCAAAAUAGCAAUGGUGCUUUUCCUUUUACAGACUUAUCACAAACCAAAGCAGUUGAAGAAUAUGAAGGAAAAUUGGUGCAGACACAAGCUGAAACACAUAUUAAAAGUGAACAGUUACGGCAAAACAGAAAGGAAAGAACAAAUGACAAAGAGAUUAUAUAUCAUGGAAACUUCAGAAACACCAUUCAGACAACAAAGGGUAUAUCAGAAUGUAAAGUUGGAAAGGAAAAUAACUCGAGAGCUUUGUUAUGGGAGAAUGGCACUCCCUUUGACGCCACAAAUAAUAUGACAAACUGUAAUGAUGUUGACAAAACAAACUCUGAACAGCCUCAGAAACAGCAGCGGCAAAAUGGGAGACAACUUAAGGACAUUUCUCUGAUACCAGAUUUGUCAAAAAGAACAUUUGAUUUGGGAAAUGGCAAAGAGAGAGCAAGUGGAGCUGAAUUGUUUGAGCUGCUUUUUGGUAUUGUUUUAUGCCGUUACAAUCAACGACCAACCAGUGAGACAGGAACAUAUACUGGUAUGAAUGGUCAGUGCCACAAUCAAAAGGAAAGGAAAAUAGUAGUUCAGAGCAUAGUUCCUGGGUCAGCAGCUGACAGGUCGGAGAGGAUUCAUAGAGGAGAUAUGCUUGUACAUAUAAAUGGUCAAGAGGUCACGUGGUCAAAUCUUCUUCAUCUUGUCCAGACUGUUAAGAAAGAGGUAAAACUAACUUUUCAAGUACCAAAAAUCAUUGGUCCAACAUCGUGCAGUUCCUCUAGCAACAUUAAUGGAGUGUCUCGUCAGCCUGCAUACUACAACCUAUGUGCUCGAGUCACAGGCUGUGACAUUCAUGCAAUACAGCAGCAGCUUUUGCAACAUCUUUGUGCUGCCAUGUAUUUGACAUUACCUUCUUCAGAUAAUGAAACAUCUGCCCAGGAUGAUAUUGUUUAUUGCUUUCCACCACAAGAAGAGACAUUAACAGCAAUUCGUGGGGUCUUCUUGACACUGAGUUCUUCCCUUCAAGAUAUUGUGUGUUCUGGUGCUAAGAGUUCAUGUCUUCAGAUUGGUACUCAGCAAGUAAAUGUGGUGUAUCAUCAACAAGGUCGUGAUGUGUUUGUUCUUACAGCUGAAGCACAGAGGGUUCCCCUGUCUUUAUUACAUUGUAUCAAGAACAAAGUUAGGAGAAUGCUGUGCACUGUGUUUGGCAAUGUUGACAGAGCAUUCAGAAAUGGAGACUGUGAGCAGCUGAACCAAGUGUUUGCACUCCUAUUCCACCACCUGCUAUGCCAGCAGGAUGUAAAGACUGACAAUGGUUGUGUUGCUGUUGGUACCAUUCAUGAGGGCCCUUAUUCACACCUUGCAUUGCACACAUUGGUUGGAACCCCCAUGCUUCUGCUGUCAGAAGAAAAUCGACUCAUUUGUGAUGAAAUACUCAGUGAAUUUGAAGCUGUUGACUUUGAUGAUUUCCUUGAAGAUAAUGAACUCUACUCAAGACGAUCAUACUUGGUGCUGGGCUGUUCUUUGUAUUUUAAGAACUACCUAGUGUGCAGCCAUCUGCAUGAUUCAGACCUGCAGGAUGUAGAGAGCUUCUUGCAAUGUCAUUACUUACUGACAUUAGCAGCCCGCCAGCCUCUUGACGAGCUGGUGGUUUGGCAGGAGGUUCAUCUUAGCCGCAAGCAGAGUGCAUCAGUUGCUGCAGGCAGUAGUUCACUAGGAUAUCAGGAACACUCGGGUCGAUGGUUCAUGUUAAUUGUGGGCAUGAAACAUUUCUUGCUUGCUACUCUACUAGAAGCAGGCAGCUGUUGUCAAGAGCCUCGGAGCAAAUGUGGACCUCAUCCUCUUUAUGUCAACCAGGCAAGGGCGACGCUUAUACAACUCGAUACAGAAGAGGUGCAUAUGUCCACCUGUUGCCAAGACAGAUUAAACCAGGAUCUGGAGUCUCCUCUUGUGACUGAUGCUGGCAGAUUUGUCACAUGGGGCAGACAGGGUAGAGAAGACGGGACCUCUAUGAGAUCCUUAAGCAGCAAACCUCCUAGCCCAGCUAGAGCAGCCAGUGACAGUGUCUUCAAGUUCAAGUCCAGUCCAAGGACUGAGAAUAAAUCAAGUCUGGAGGCAGACACACAGUCUGAUAAAAGCCCUGGUACACAAGAUACUGGAGUGAUACGGAGGCAAGGAAGCAAGUUGUCAUAUGGUUCCAAUGAUUCUGGUGGCAGUGGCAGUAGUGCCGGGGCCCCCAAGAGCAAAUCCAGUCGCUUCAGUUCCUUGCUGGAUAUUGCAUCCAUUGGUCGUAGCAUGUCUGCCCUGCAUAUUGACACCAUUGGCAACCAGUCAUCUUCAGGCCUAAUGAAACUCACAAGGGGAAGAGACAACACUCUCUUUCAUUUCAUCUAUCAUAGAGAGUCAGAAGGCAUCCUAGUCACCCCAGCCAACCUUGACCUGACCUCUGGUGAUGGCAACAUCCAAAUGGAAUUGUUGAGUAACUUCCAUCGCUGUGUUCUGCAAAUUCGUGCAGAAUUUCAGAGCAGGAACAGACUCCAGCAAGAGAAAGAGAAGCAGUCACUCUCUCCAUUCAGACGGGAACAUCUUUUAACAAAGAAUGUGCAUGAACAUGGAGUCUUAUUCCACUUUCAGAGUUAUAGCAGCACUGCUAACAGUGACCGCAGGCAGUUGGUUACUCUAUUUUACUGGGUGAUUGGGCGCCAGUUCUUACAUUCCCCCAACCGAGAUGAACUGUAUGUUUGUUUUCAUGAAUCAGCCAGCCAGAAUCUUGUUGAAAUGGCAUUCUCCCUUGGCUUUGGCUGUUAAGGCAUGUAUUUGCAUGUGUUACUUGUGUAAUAAAUGGUCCCUUCUUUGUGGUAAUGUUUGGUUCUUGUUAAAAAUCAUUUCAGACCAGUAAUCCAAUUGUGCCUCAAACAAGCUUUUGGGUACAGGUGAUUCUUAGAGUCAGGUUAAUUUCAUGCUUGCUUCAUGGCAUAAGUCGCACAGGUUAAGUGGGUUUGGGAUGCUGAUUUGCUACUUGUAUGUGCUCUGUGGUUGUGCCUGUAUGUGUGCAUGCAUGAAAGAGAUUGUUUGUGCAUGCACUAUGCUUCAGUGGGUUCAGAGCAUUUUGUGAUCUUCCUACAGAUACUUCAUGUUAAAAACUGUUCUCAUGCUAAUGAGAGAAUCAUGUGUAGGAGUGUAAUCCUGAUCUACCCUGCCUUGUUUAUUUUGCACCAUUUCCUCUUGGCUUUGUUUCCAGAAAGUGCUUUUGCCAAAAAAAUUCCAAAACUAAAACCUUAUUUGGGGGGUUGUGGGGAGAUAGAAUCGGUAAUAUACUGAUCAAUAAAAUGUCUUCUUUUUGCUAAAUUCAGCAAUUUUGAAUCUAUAACAAACCCGGCAACAAAUUGGCAUGGACAGUUAAUUGAGUGGCUUAUCUGUCAAACAAAAGCAUCCUGCAUUGACAGGUUGUGCAUAGCUGACAAAGCAAGGUGGUCAAAAUAACCAGCUUCAUGUGCAAAUAAGCAUUAUAUCAGUGCAAUACACUAGAAGCUUUUUUGUCUGGACAAGAAGUUUUCCUUUUGCUUUAUUGUUUGAAUGCCAUCAACCCUUAUGUGUAAAAUUUGAUAAAUCAAAGUGUGUGUUACAUCAUGUAGCAAUGAGAAAACAGCAUGCAGUCUUAUGAAUAAUCUUGCCGUUUUUGUGUGAUAAAAACAUAUCAGAUAUUAAUCUUUAUCUUAAAGCUGUAAAAUAUAAUUUUUAAUUUUUUCAGUAAUGUAUUAUUUAGGGAGGACUUGCAUUUGUGUUUUUGAGUUGUUUUUAAAUUAGUCAUUGUCAGAUAAGAAACCUAGAACUGAAUGAUAAAAAUUGUAGAAAUUGUAAUUCCUAUUUGUAAUAUAAGACAUAACUUAUUAUUUAGCUAUAGUGUCUUGUGCCAUGCCACAAAAAAGAAAAAAAGAGAAAGAUAAAAAAAAAAAGUUAGGAACAAUCUAUGUGGACAAAUAUGUCAAAUGGGUUAUCCUAACCCUAGUCAUUUAUCUUGUGAUAAUAGAAGUGUCAGGCCAGUAGAGUCAGGAUGACAUUUAAAUUCAUGCUGGCAUGUAAAUAGUUUUAUUCCAUUUAUGUUUGUUUCUGUUUUAACUUCGUUUUAUACGUGCAUGUGACACAUUCUUUUUUUGGUUUUUAGCCUAAGUAGCAGUCUAUAGCACGCACACACAAAUUUUUUACUUGCCCAGUGGGUUACAAUUCAUUUAAAUCAUUAUGGUAGUUUUUUUUUAAUAGACCGUAUUGAAGAAACAUAGAUUUUUGCUGUUGAUUUUAGAAUACACAAAGAUAUAUAGUCUUGCAACAUAAAUUUUAAAACUAAUGACUACUGUUAACAAGCAGGAUUGUUUGAGAAGAGCCUGUGCUAUUGACAUUUUAUUGUACAGUGAAAUAAAGCUGAAAUUUGUCCUUUACAGGAUUUAAAAUUUGAGAACUGUUAGAAAGUUCACAUAGAAUUUUUGCUAAGCAGGUUUUAAAUAAUGAGUUGUUAACAAUAGAAAUAAAAGUGCUAACAAAGGUUAUAAUUAUUGUUUAAUAUUUACAUAUCUCUAUUUCACAUAAAGGUGGAAAAUUAUUUAUAAUAAAUCAACACUUGAAUGAGUGUAUUUUUACUGUUGAAUUAAAUGUUAAAAUUGUCAAAGAAUUUGUUUCAGUCAUGUUAAUGUUAUCUAGGAUGUCUGAAGCUCACAAGAUAUGUAGUUUUUUUUUUUUGCAACACAGUGUGUGCUAAUUAAUCUAAUAAGAUUUAUAUGAAACAGCUGGCCUUUCGAUUAAAUUUUGUUAUUCACAUAAUGCUUGUUGAUAGAGAUUACAGUGCCUUCUAGAGUUGUUUUUCCCUGAUUUGUUGCAGUGUUUGAAAGUUGUAAAAUGCCCUUUGUUGAUUAUGCUUGUCAAACUUAUGUUUGGAUAUGGCUUGAGUUGAAGAAUUUGUUUUAAAAACAAGGCCUGUUUAAAAAUCUGUGCAUUCUUCAAUCUGAGGGACUGAGAGAACUGUUCCAGGGGAAGAGAUGCAUUCUUUGGUUAACGACAACUAAUUUUUAAUGAAAGGUGCUGGAAGUAAUUAUAUUAAUAUUAUGGAUUUUAUUGGUUUUAUUUACGUUUUUACUUUCUGUCUUGUGUUUCCAUUUGAUCAUUACAUUUUGCCCUCCAGACUGCACUUGGUGAAGGCUUCCUUUCCUUAUGAGCAUUAUGUGAGUUUCUGUGAUGGGAAGGUUGUGAUUACUGCAAAGGUUUUUAUGCACCUUUCGCUUUUUUUUUUUUUUAGUAAUUAUCUUACAGGGUUUUGUAGAAUACUUGAAAUCCAUGUAUUUUAAUGAUUUCAUCCUCACAUUCCAAGAUAUAUUUUUCAGAUAUAUUUUUGAUGUCAAAGAAAACAUCUUAAAGUAAUGUUAUAUGCAUAGAUUUUUUUAAAUAUCAUUUCUUGUUAAGCAAAUAAUCUUGGCCAGACUGCACAAAAGAUAUCAGGUACCUAGACCACUUCUUGCUUAAGAGUCUGGUCUCAUGUUCACUAGUGUGUUCAAAUUACUAUAGGUUUGUGAUAAGAUAUUUUUAUGUUCACAAAAUAGUUUUCUGUUAUCUAGAUUGUGUUCUUCUGGACAUUGUUUUGAUUUUUAUUAGCCAUAGUUACAGCUGAGAUUGGGAAGGAUCGGCAUUUUGAGUGAAAGCAUUCAUUUACUUUGAUGAAAUAUGUGCAUCAACAAUCAGACUUUUCACAAUUCGUUAAAAGUACUGUGUAAGCUCGGAACAGUAUUUUGAAGUAAAACUCUCCGAAAAUGUUUUACCAUGUGUAUGCAUACACCACCAUUAGAAUUGUUGUGAUCACAUUGCUUGGUUAAAACAGCAAACAUCAUGUGCAAAAUAUUCUCAAGGAAUAUGAUAGAAUUUUAUUUCUUGGCCUGUAUCUUUUUUAAAACUGAUCAUCCCCCUUUAUUGUAUUUUUCAGAUUGUUAAUUUACCUUACAAUAACAAUGAUGAACUUUAUUUGCUGCAGUGGGCAAUUAAAACAUGGAAGGUGCUCUAGUUUCAAGGAAAAAGUUUGAAAUAAAAGUAAUAAUAAAGUUUCUUGCAAGGUGCAGCAUUAAGAGAUCAGUUAUUAUAUAUGCGUUUUCCAGUUUUGAAAGUGUUCCAGUACUUUUGAUUUGUGUGUUUUUUUUUCUUGCGAAGCAUAAAAAAGAAAUUAUUGAGACCAUACUGAGAAAAGUUAUUUAAAAAGUGGGCAAAUUUUGCCAGGACUUGAAAAACUAAUCGAAUUUGGGCAGUUUGCCUUUAAGGUCGAGAAAACCACAGACUAAAGAUAUGGUAAAAAUACUGUUUUUUCAGGCAGAACAUUUUAACAGAUUUCUGUAGCUAUGCUCAAGAUCUUUCUAAACCUAAUGAAGUGGACAAAAUUUUACAAAUGUUUGAAUGAUUAUUUAUUUGAAGAUUACUUUUAUACAAUGGGAUUGCACUUGAAACUUAACAAUAUGUGUAUAAUACUGAGACUGAAAUUUUGUCUAUAUGAACCCUGACAUGGAAAAGGGGGGCUUUGGUCAGUGAAUGAAAUACCCUCUUUAUUGUUUUGAAAAUGACAACUCUGGGACAUAAUUUUUUUUACUGUUUAUUUGAAACAUAACACAGAAUUUCAGUAGGAAUUGUUUCAAAUAAAAAUCAUCUUAAAUCAUGAUUACUGUGUGUUAGGUCCCAGAGAUAUAUCGCAUUAUUUCAUUAUGCACAGAACUAAUGCUGUUGUGGUAUUAUUUGGACAACAGCACAUUCUUGUGUUAAAGAGAGUGAAUACAACCGUCCUAAGCAUCCACACAUGCCAUGCAGCACAAUCUCUCUGUGCAGUCUCGUCCUUAACCAUUCACCAUGGCUAUAGCCACGGUUUUUGUCCAGUCAAAUUAAGGUGAUCGCUCAGGGACGACACGAUCAACUAUUUUGUGCGAUGGUUCACGUUCAGUUUUAUUUUCUUUCUAGUUUCUUUGUCGGCAUUUUACUGCUUCCAUUAAAUUCAAAAUUGUCAAAAGCAAUCCGUCCCAGUGAAAACAAAGUCUGGUCACAGAUGUAAAAUCAAAAAGAAACUCAUUAUUUUAAGGGUAUGUCAGCGAGACAGACUUUUGUACUUAACAUAAGCGCUGAGGUUGCAGUGCUGACUUGACAUCACUAGUACUUAUGGAUUGUAUCUAGUAUUGGUGUAUAAUGCCUUUUUACUUAUGUAAAGUUAUACUGUCAGCGUUAAUAUGUUUUCACCUUGUGAAACCUUAAAUGCAACGAACUGUGUAUGCCUUCAACCAUCCAUCCUUCUCGCCCUUCGCCAUCACUUCUGGACUCAUUAUUCCAGUAUUUUUGACAUUCCUGCCUGAAAUUGCCAUGAUGUGUGAACUUUUCAUUCACCCAUUACUUCUGCCUAUUUAUUAAAAAUGUUUUUACACUUUUUAUAUUUAUGUGUAACAGUUAUCAGCUUCGUGUAAUUAUCCUUGUGCGACAACGGUUUAUUGGACGUUUGAGGUUUGCCUGCUUGGACAGAGUAGCAGCAGACGGGCUGUGGCAACUUUAGUGUGACAUAUUUCAUAAACGUUGUAACCUUUGUGUAUUAUGAUAUUACAACAAUUUCCAGCGCCUGUAUUGAGAGAAUUAAAAAUAUAAAUAA